AUGCCCGUGGGAAUAAGCAGGAGCGCACGCAUUGUGAUUCCUCGACUCACAUGCUUUUUCUGGAUCUCCGGAUCCCAGAUCGGAGAUCGGCAGAUUUGGCCGCAAUCGACACGUUCGCUGCGGGGUUCGCAGCAGAGACCAGACGCGGGAGGGGUCCGGUCUCGCCAGACCAGAUCGGCGGACAUAGCGGGAUCACGAACACAGGAGUUGGUCACCUUGGCGGUUGUCCUCGCCGCGGCGGUAGUCGUCUGGAGGUGGGUUUCGAGGAAGGUACACCAAUGGAAGGAACAAGACCGCAGGAACACUGCCGACGCCCGCUCCGACGAUGAGGGCUCCGACCUUGAAGCUGGGAGCGACGACGACAGGGUCAACCCUGCGGGCCCCGAUAUCGAGCCAGGCGCCACUGACUUCCUAUCGGCGAGUGCCGAUGACCUCGAGUCUAGGAGGUCGGACGUCGACUCCGGGAGCUGGGGCGUCCGGUCAAGGGAAUCCGAGAGGUCGAGCUGCAGCACGUGGAUGACAGCCCGAACGCACCACAACCCGGACGACACGGACAGCGGAACUCUGGAAUGGGCGGAGAUGGCGGCCGCGGUAGCAGAGGGGGGUUCUCUACCCUCCGACCGGAGUGUGUCAAGGAACCGCCCAGAGGAGGCAUCGAGAGGGACAAUCUCGUUAGCGAUGGCGAUGAGCAAAGAGUCGCGGAGGCGCUCCACGCGGUCGGAGUUCGACGUGCGGCACCACGGCGGCAACAGCGCCAAGAGCAGCAGCAACAAUAACUGCGUUUACAGCCAACACGGCGAGAGCAACGGUGGUUGUGAUGGCAACGGCGACGGCAACGAUGACGAGUUGGACGGUCGUUCUGUUUAUCACGAUGUCCUCGAGGACGCACUCCAUAGGGCACGCAUCACGACGGGUGAGAGAGAGGGGGGACCGGAGAGGCUCGUGGCGAACGGGGACCUUGAGCAGUACUCUGGGUCGGGUGACGGUCAAGCUGCCCGGGGAGCCUAUACCGGUAGAAGCGGAGGGGGGUCAUCUCUCUCCACCAUCACCGCGAAUGGCUGUGGGCCAAUGGAGGGUCACGAGGAGGAGAAGGAGGACGAAGAGAAGGAGGUGGGGGAGGAGGAGGGGGACGGCAAUGUUGGGGGCCACAUUCCCCCUUCGUCCCACGGCUACAUGCUGCAGCUCGAGAACGUCAACGAGCCAGAGCCCCACUUAGCCCCGACCAGGAUGGACCGACUGAUCGAGAUUUUCUCCAACGUACCGCUGAUGUCCACGGCCGUCCGCGACAUCUACAUCGCGAGCCACUGCGACCUCGACUUGUCGGCGACUGACUCGAACGGCGACCUGACCAGGGAGAGGGUUAUCGGCACCGGCUACUACGGCCGCGUGAGCCGCGUGUUCCACGCGUCUUUGGGAGAGCAGUUGGCACUCAAGGAGCUAUCGGAGGAGGCCGGAGACGAGCACCGAUCCGCCGCGGGGAACGAAAUGGACGCUUUCUUGAGCAUCAUCUACGACGCGGCCUGCGGCUUGCAGCACAUCCACGACAAGGGCAUGGUCCACCGCGACAUCAAGGCCGCCAACAUCAUUGUCAUGGUGAACGAGGAUGGCGACGCCACUGGGAAGGUGGCAGACUUCGGUCUCACGUGCGAGCAAGGGGAAAGGACGCCACCGAGGACGGGGACGCCGGGCUACAUCCCCCCCGAACUCGUGUGGAGUGGUGUGGAGGCCGGGCCGGAGAACGACGUUUUUUCGUUCGGAGUGCUCAUGCUGGAGACCUUCAUCCAACCCGACCUGUGGGAGGACAACAUGUUUGUCCACAGCUUCUUGCUCUCCGACGAAGAAAGGGCGGAGUUCGCGGAUCUCGGCCAAGGCAACGAUCAGGCCGUCCUCGGCCUACAGUUCGAAGUGAUGGUGAGGACUCUUCUUGACGGAUCAUUUGGAAGGCAGAUCGUGCAGCCGGAGAACCUCGCGGCGUCGGUGCCGUACCGCUACGCUGUGUGCGGUUGGGUGCAGGCGUGCCUCUGCCAGCCCCGUCACCUACGCCCCAGCAUGGCGUCCGUAGUGGAAAUGCUUCAGUGCCUCAAGGAAGACAGGGAGCCGCCUCCAAUGGCAAUGGUGUGGUACAUGUAA